AUGGGAUCACAAGGGACAACUCAGAGCCUGAGAAAUAACCAGGGCUAUCUUGCCAAAGCCAAGGACCCUGGGGUGACACCUGGCGUUCAAAUUAUUGCCCUGGGCGAUAUUCUGAACGUCAAGGACCCUGGGGUGACACCUGGCGUUCAAAUUAUCGCCCUGGGCAAUAUUCUGAACGGCAGGGACAACUGGGGGACAACUGGGGUGACACCUGGCGCUCAAAUUAUCGCCCUGGGCGAUAUUCUGAACGCCAAGGACCCUGGGGUGACACCUGGCGUUCAAAUUAUCGCCCUGGGCGAUAUUAUGAACGGCAGGGACACUGGGGUGACACAUGGCGCUCAAAUUAUCGCCCUGGGCGAUAUUCUGAACGCCAGGCUUGCAUGUACCACCUCAGGUGUCCAACAUGUCACCUACGCUUAUUUCAUUUGCGUUGCAAGGCGUUGA